ACCCGAAGUGCAGCAUUACACCAUUCCUUAUUUGUCUGCAUUACAUGUCACCGGUACCAGCCGGAUCGUCACAACACCUCAUACUCUCCUUCAGCAAACGACUUCAAGAUGGAGGGACUUGUGUACGGUGUGGCGGCGAUGAUAGUGAAGGACAUGCUCAAGACACCAUACCUCAAAGGCCGAGACUACGAACGCAAUGUGCGUCAAGUUUACCGAGAUGUCGACAACCUUCAAAUCACAUUGGACCAGACCAAAUCCAACUGUGAGGGCCAGUCCCUGAGCAAGCCUCAUGCCGACUUUGUUAAGCGAGCCGAGAAGCAAAAACGAGAUUCCUAUCGCAUUUUGCGGAAGAACUACCCGCGUUAUGCCUCCAAGUCGCAGCUCCUCGAAUAUGCUUCAACGCCAGGGGCCGAGAUGAACCUGCUGGACAUAGGGAAGGAGGCCAACCAGACAGCCAAAGGUCUGAACGACCUACUCGCGGAGAUUCGCUUCGCCAAGAUAGGAGGAGGUGACAAGGAGGAUGACAAGGAGAAGGAGAAUGAGGGUGGAGGCAAGCAGAAAGAGAAGUCACCAACACGGCCUUCUCUUGACCUGUCCAAAGUCCAGUCCGCCGACGCACCAUCGAGGGGUUCGAGCAGCCCCCGGAGUAUGUCGAGCCGUCAUGGCAGCGUGUUCAGCCCCAUCCCAAUCCAGCCAAUUGGAAUAUACAGCCCACCCAGCAGCACCUCGAGCUUUGGAGACCCCACGAGGAGGCGCUCGACGUCGUCAUCCAAGCGGAGGAGCCAGAGCAGCCAAAGGCACCUCGGCCACCACAAGCAAGAACUCCUCACGCCGUCUUCAUGGCCAAAGACCAACCCCUUCGAGACGAUAAUGGAGACAGGCCGCGAGCGCGAACAGGCCCUGGACAACCUGCAGCACGGCAUCGACCAGGUCCUCGGGGCCGUCGACCAGGAGCACGAGUACGAGGCCAUGACGUACCUGGAGCACGCGCUCAAGGAGGUCCUGCGGCUGCAGCGGGCACAGGGGUUCUCGGGGUCCCAGAUGGGCGAGGACCUCGGCGACGCCGUCGACGAGCUCGACCUGGCCAUGCGCAACCUCGUCGCCGCCAAGACGGACAAGCAGAAGGACCGCGCGCUCAAGGCGCUCAGCUUCGCGCUCGAGGGCGUCGAUAUCGCCCUGUACGCGCGCCGGAAGCGCAAGGAGCAGUCAGGGCGGCACCAUCACGCCAGCCCCGUGCGUGUCAGCAGCAAGCGUCACGGGAAGGGCAGUUCGGAGAGGAGCAGGAGCAGGCGAUAUUCGAUGCAGUCUGAAUACCCAGAAUAAACCAGAUCAUGAAGCGUUUGUAUUAUUGGAGUAAAGCAUGCUGUACUGUAUGUGUAGCACUAUGGGAUAGGAUGGCAUGGAAAGGCGUUCUAUUACGAUGAUGAAUAUUUCUUUUAUCUCAUUCUACCUGUCCCAUCACGUUUGUCUCAGUUACAGAGAUGGGGCUUGAUGAACAAGAAUGAACGACCUGAGCAGAUAUGGUUCAAA